AUGAGCUCAAUCAGACCUUCAACGUCGCCGACGCUCCAGCAGGCGCAAACCAAUGCUCUGCUCACGCUGCUCAACCUUAAUACACCAGUUGACCCGCCUUCUUCAUCGACACCAUCUACGACGGCCCUCUCCAAAUCCAAUUCAAACUCAUCGCAUGGCUCCAAAUCACCUGCCAUACCACAGGCUUCCGGACCUCCAGUGUGGAAGAUACUCAUCCUCGACCCACCAACGCAGUCUAUACUUGCAACCGUGCUGCGCGUAUCUGACCUCCGCGAAGCUGGCGUAACGUUACACGUUCCCCUCCAUUCCCCUCGCCCGCCUCUCCCUGACGUACCUGCGAUAUAUUUCGUCUCGCCAACGCUGCAAAAUGUCAAGAGAAUAACGGAGGAUUUGGAGAAGGGGUUGUAUGAAAGGACGUAUUUGAACUGGGUGGAGCCGGUUAAGAGGGCAGUCUUGGAGGAACUGGCAUCAGAGGUUGUAAAGCGAGGAAUAAGUAUGGGCGGCGGCGAAGAGGAUGGCGAGGGAGGGAUUGAACAAGUUGUGGAUCAGUAUCUGGGGUUUAUCACUCCUGGGCCGGAAUUGUUUUCUUUGCUACCUCCACCUCCUGCUCCCGUACCAGCAGGUUCAACUGCGACGGCUCCAACAGAGCGAACAUCUUACGAAAUCUUGAAUUCACCGUCUUCGUCAGAACAGGACAUUGAGGAUGAGAUUGAAAGAAUCGCUACAGGGCUAUUCAGCGCCGUUGUCACAAUGGGCCACGUCCCAAUAAUCCGUUGUCCUAGAGGCAACGCAGCCGAAAUGGUGGGCAAGAAACUUGAGACCAAGAUUCGCGACGCGCUAUUAUCUGCCUCUCGCUCAGGUUCAUACGGACCUGGCUCAAGCGGGGCCGCGAACCUUUUCAUCCAAGAUUCCACAGGCUUGUCAAACCUGCAACGCCCCGUCCUAGCAAUCCUCGACAGAAAUAUCGACCUCGCAUCAAUGCUCUCCCAUGGGUGGACCUACCAAGCGCUCGUCUCGGACUGUCUCUCCAUGAAACUCAACAGAGUUACUAUUGACCCAUCUGGCUCCGCGUCCUCUUCCGCCGCAGACCCGCCUCUCGCGUCAACAGGCGCGAAGAAGAGGUCGUACGACUUAGAUUCUAAUGAUUUCUUCUGGGCGAGGAACGCGGCGAAUCCGUUCCCUCAAGUUGCAGAAGAGAUUGAUGUAGAGCUGAAUAAAUAUAAGCAAGAUGCAGCUGAGAUUACGAGGAAGACUGGUGUCAGUGACGUCAAUGAUAUCUCACAACUAGAUCUCUCGGCCAACGCCGCGCACCUCAAAACGGCCAUCACCCAACUUCCUGAGCUUACGGCGCGUAAAACGACGCUCGAUACUCAUAUGAACAUCGCAACGUCACUGCUAGAACAGAUCAAGCAGAGAGGGUUAGACGAGCUAUACAGCAUGGAAGAGAACAUUCAGAAACAGACCGUAGCCGCUAUCCUUGAAACCCUGCGAUCCCCCCGUCCUGACACUCUGCCGCCGUUCACGCCCACCGAUAAACUACGUCUCGUACUCGUGUUCUACCUCUCCCUCAACGACAACCAACUCGCUGCCCUCACCAAGGACGAUAUUAACGACCUGGAGAAGGAGUUAGCUUCUGCCGGUGCUGAUGUUGCAGCGUUCGAGUAUGUCAGAAGGGUAAAGGAGAUUUCGCGGAUGGCUACUUUCGGUUCUGGGGGUGGUGGAAGCGGGUUUGGUGGUGGAGGGAGCGCAGGUGGAAGUGGGUUUGGAGGAGCGAGCACACCACAAGGAGGAGAGUUGUUGAAAGGAUUCAGUGUGUUCGGAAAUAGGCUGACUGACCGACUCAAAGAAGGAGGUUUCGAGAAUCUGAUUUCCGGCGUUAAGAACUUCUUGCCUACCAACAAACUACUGGUCGUGACUCGAGUGAUUGAAGCACUGAUGGACUCUUCGUCUGCUUCAAACCAGUCACUGCAGGAAACAGAUGAGUACCUCUUCUUAGAUCCACGAGCUCCACGGAACCAAGGUGCCGGGUACCCUGGUGGUGCGUCGACUUCGGGACCAGCAGCGGGCGGCAGAGCGAAGAGAAUGCAUUUCAACGAGGGGAUGGUGUUUGUCGUGGGUGGUGUAGGUUACGUCGAGUAUGGGAACGUGGAGGAGUGGGCAGGGAAGAGCGGACGGAGAGUGGUUUAUGGAGGUACAGACAUUGUGGAUCCUAGAGGAUUCGUUGAUGUGCUCGCGAGGCUGGGAAAGGGUACACAGUAA